UAACUUUAAAGUGUAUGUUUAUCCGAUACAUUAGAAAGACCUUCUUUCACAACUAGUGUAUUCUUAGUGCUGUGGUGGAAUUGUUUUGUGUCUCACCUUCAGACAAAAAUUCAAAAUGUUUGGAAUAGUGCUGACCAUUGCUGUGUUUGGUUUAUCUGUGGUCAUUAACAACGCAGGAAUUGGGGUUACAGCACUUCCGGCCUGUGACAGUGAGAUUUGGUGCGAUGGAUCAUUACUGGAUGCUGUACAAAAUGCUAGACUCUAUCAAGAUUCGAAAACUUUUGUGGACAUGAAUCUCAAAUAUGACCCUGACGUAGUGCUGUCAGCAUUUCAAAACAUCAGUCAGUCCGGCCUGCCGACGAAACCGGAAAUCACCAAGUUUCUCGAAACAUACUUUGAAGGCCCCAAUAAGGAAUUUGAAAAGUGGAACCCUACCGACUACGUUGAAAGUCCUGCAUUUUUGGAUAAAGUAAAGGACAAAGAGCUAAGAAGAUUCGGGAAAGAUUUGUGUAAAACAUGGGGACAUCUGGGUAGAAAGAUAAAACAAGAUGUAAAAACCAACCAGGAGAGAUAUUCUCUUAUCUACCUGGAUAACCCAUUUAUUGUACCUGGCGGAAGGUUCAGGGAGACAUAUUACUGGGACUCUUACUGGGUGAUCAAAGGUUUGCUGAUUUGUGAAAUGAAAGUUACUGUCAAAGGAAUGCUGGAAAAUUUUAUAUCUCUGAUCAAACAAUAUGGAAUGAUCCCUAAUGGAAACCGUAUAUACUAUACAAGACGUUCACAGCCACCAUUUCUCAUUCCUAUGGUAAACUUGUACAUAGAAACAACCAAUGAUACCGAUUUUCUCAAAGAAAAUAUUCCGUACUUGGUGGAUGAAUACCUUUUUUGGAUGACAAACCGAAGUGUAGAGUAUACUGACGUACAUGACAAAAAGUUCGUACUAAACAGAUAUGCAGCUCCUAUAACAAAACCGAGACCGGAGUCUUACACUGAAGAUGUUUCAACUGCAAACAAACGAUCAAAUGUACCACCAGAGAAAAUGUACCAGAAUUUGGCAUCUGCAGCAGAAUCCGGUUGGGAUUUCUCUUCUCGUUGGUUCUCACGAGAUUUUCAAGGCAAGACGUCUGACGUCAGCAGAUGGUUGAGUUACACAGAUACAACGGAUGUUAUUCCUGUAGAUCUAAACAGCAUAAUGUGCUGGAAUGAAAUGUUGCUGUCAAACUUCUAUAAAAAGUUAGGUCAACAAAACGCCACUAAGUACUAUCAGGAACAACAGAAAACCAGGCAAGAAGCCAUGAUGUCUGUAUUUUGGGAUGAACAGCAAGGGACUUGGUUUGAUUUGUCUUUGGCGGCAAAAAGCAGGCGACAAAAGUUUUUCCCCUCUAACAUUUUCCCGCUGUUUGUCGGUUGCUAUGACGUCAAUGAUAAAACUAUAGAAUCUCAGACUUUAGCAUAUUUGCAGGAUCAGAAAGUUCUCAAAUACGUGAGCGGGGUACCAACCUCCCUGCUCAAUACAAGACAGCAAUGGGAUUUCCCUAAUGCUUGGCCCCCGCUUCAAGAUGCUGUAGUUACUGCACUCACUAACAGUGAUCUACCGGAAAGCCGUCAAAUAGGUCUUCACCUAGCCUCACUCUGGGUACAGAGUAAUUAUAUAGGCUGGAAUAGGACGGGAAACAUGUUUGAAAAGUAUGUUGUUACAGCCAAAGGUUCAAGAGGAAGCGGAGGUGAAUAUGACGUGCAGGAGGGAUUUGGCUGGACCAACGGUGUUAUUUUGGAUUUUCUUAACCGUUUUGGACAGAAUUUACCGGUAGAUUACACGACAAGUAACGGCAACGGAAAUUAUUUACCACAGAAUCUGGUGUUAAAAACUAUUCUGAUGACAAUAGUAUUAUUUUGUUUAACUUACUUUAUCACCAAACAAAUGCUGCUAUAAAAUCCGCUGUUAGUGAAAAUGCAAAAUGAACAAUA